AUGGCUCCUCGCGCCCAGCACAAACACCACAGCACGGCUCGUCCAGGUAGACACCGCGACUAUCUGAAUGCGCGUAAUGGUGCGGGUGUAGCUGCUAAUCGCUCUUCCGCUCUUGCUUCUGCUUCUUCUGCUGCUGCUACUGCUGCUGCUCUCAAGAAAUUGGAUGAGCGGGAGCGUGGCGGUGGUGCAGAGCGCAGUAUGGGUAUGCAUGUGGAUGCUAUGGUUCAUGACGGCUACGACUACGGCAACGCCAGCGAGAAGAGUAAGAAUGAGGGUAAGGACAAGGGCAAAGGUAAUGCUAGUCCUCGGUAUGCUUCUUCUUCUUCUUCUUCCCCUUUCUUCCCUACCACCACUACCGCCUCCAACAUCUUCUCCAACAACCACAACAACAACAACAAGGACGAAGAUGCCAACAAAGACAAGGACGCCGACGCCGACGACGACGAAGAAGAAGACGAACACGUCCCCAACAACAAGCGCUCCAUCAUGGUCGUGCCCCCGAAACCCCUCCUCGCCAAACGCGCCAAAAAACCCACUUCCAUCAUCAAGCGCGCCUUUACCAAUGAAAAGCUGCGUGCCAUUAUGGCGAAUAAACCCUGGCCGAGGGAACGCAAGAAGGCUGGGGCUGAGAAACCCGUGCUCAAGAUGGGGGUUCGGAGGGAGUAUAAGUAG